AUGCCACGCAUUCAUGUGAUGCCAUGCAUUCAUGUGAUGCCACUGCAUUCAUGUGAUGCCAUGCAUUCAUGUGAUGCCAUGCAUUCAUGUGAUGCCAUGCAUUCAUGUGAUGCCAUGCAUUCAUGUGAUGCCAUGCAUUCAUGUGAUGCCACGCAUUCAUGUGAUGCCACGCAUUCAUGUGAUGCCACGCAUUCAUGUGAUGCCACGCAUUCAUGUGAUGCCACGCAUUCAUGUGAUGCCAUGCAUUCAUGUGAUGCCAUGCAUUCAUGUGAUGCCAUGCAUUCAUGUGAUGCCAUGCAUUCAUGUGAUGCCACGCAUUCAUGUGAUGCCACGCAUUCAUGUGAUGCCACGCAUUCAUGUGAUGCCACGCAUUCAUGUGAUGCCACGCAUUCAUGUGAUGCCAUGCAUUCAUGUGAUGCCAUGCAUUCAUGUGAUGCCAUGCAUUCAUGUGAUGCCAUGCAUUCAUGUGAUGCCAUGCAUUCAUGUGAUGCCAUGCAUUCAUGUGAUGCCAUGCAUUCAUGUGAUGCCAUGCAUUCAUGUGAUGCCAUGCAUUCAUGUGAUGCCAUGCAUUCAUGUGAUGCCAUGCAUUCAUGUGAUGCCAUGCAUUCAUGUGAUGCCAUGCAUUCAUGUGAUGCCAUGCAUUCAUGUGAUGCCAUGCAUUCAUGUGAUGCCAUGCUUUCAUGUGAUGCCAUGCUUUCAUGUGAUGCCAUGCAUUCAUGUGAUGCCACGCAUUCAUGUGAUGCCACGCAUUCAUGUGAUGCCACGCAUUCAUGUGAUGCCACGCAUUCAUGUGAUGCCACGCAUUCAUGUGAUGCCACGCAUUCAUGUGAUGCCACGCAUUCAUGUGAUGCCACGCAUUCAUGUGAUGCCAUGCAUUCAUGUGAUGCCAUGCAUUCAUGUGAUGCCAUGCAUUCAUGUGAUGCCAUGCAUUCAUGUGAUGCCAUGCAUUCAUGUGAUGCCAUGCAUUCAUGUGAUGCCAUGCAUUCAUGUGAUGCCAUGCAUUCAUGUGAUGCCAUGCAUUCAUGUGAUGCCAUGCAUUCAUGUGAUGCCAUGCAUUCAUGUGAUGCCAUGCAUUCAUGUGAUGCCAUGCAUUCAUGUGAUGCCAUGCAUUCAUGUGAUGCCAUGCAUUCAUGUGAUGCCAUGCAUUCAUGUGAUGCCAUGCAUUCAUGUGAUGCCAUGCAUUCAUGUGAUGCCAUGCAUUCAUGUGAUGCCAUGCAUUCAUGUGAUGCCAUGCAUUCAUGUGAUGCCAUGCAUUCAUGUGAUGCCAUGCUUUCAUGUGAUGCCAUGCAUUCAUGUGAUGCCACGCAUUCAUGUGAUGCCACGCAUUCAUGUGAUGCCAUGCAUUCAUGUGAUGCCAUGCAUUCAUGUGAUGCCAUGCAUUCAUGUGAUGCCAUGCAUUCAUGUGAUGCCAUGCAUUCAUGUGAUGCCAUGCAUUCAUGUGAUGCCAUGCAUUCAUGUGAUGCCAUGCAUUCAUGUGAUGCCAUGCAUUCAUGUGAUGCCAUGCAUUCAUGUGAUGCCAUGCAUUCAUGUGAUGCCAUGCAUUCAUGUGAUGCCAUGCAUUCAUGUGAUGCCAUGCAUUCAUGUGAUGCCAUGCAUUCAUGUGAUGCCAUGCAUUCAUGUGAUGCCAUGCAUUCAUGUGAUGCCAUGCAUUCAUGUGAUGCCAUGCAUUCAUGUGAUGCCAUGCAUUCAUGUGAUGCCACGCAUUCAUGUGAUGCCACGCAUUCAUGUGAUGCCACGCAUUCAUGUGAUGCCACGCAUUCAUGUGAUGCCACGCAUUCAUGUGAUGCCACGCAUUCAUGUGAUGCCACGCAUUCAUGUGAUGCCACGCAUUCAUGUGAUGCCAUGCAUUCAUGUGAUGCCAUGCAUUCAUGUGAUGCCAUGCAUUCAUGUGAUGCCAUGCAUUCAUGUGAUGCCAUGCAUUCAUGUGAUGCCAUGCAUUCAUGUGAUGCCAUGCAUUCAUGUGAUGCCAUGCAUUCAUGUGAUGCCAUGCAUUCAUGUGAUGCCAUGCAUUCAUGUGAUGCCAUGCAUUCAUGUGAUGCCAUGCAUUCAUGUGAUGCCAUGCAUUCAUGUGAUGCCAUGCAUUCAUGUGAUGCCAUGCAUUCAUGUGAUGCCAUGCAUUCAUGUGAUGCCAUGCAUUCAUGUGAUGCCAUGCAUUCAUGUGAUGCCAUGCAUUCAUGUGAUGCCAUGCAUUCAUGUGAUGCCAUGCAUUCAUGUGAUGCCAUGCAUUCAUGUGAUGCCAUGCAUUCAUGUGAUGCCAUGCAUUCAUGUGAUGCCAUGCAUUCAUGUGAUGCCAUGCAUUCAUGUGAUGCCAUGCAUUCAUGUGAUGCCAUGCAUUCAUGUGAUGCCAUGCAUUCAUGUGAUGCCAUGCAUUCAUGUGAUGCCAUGCAUUCAUGUGAUGCCAUGCAUUCAUCGCACCGACUCACGUAUGGCUCCAUGUGCGCGCACCGACUCACGUAUGGCUCCAUGUGCGCGCACCGACUCACGUAUGGCUCCAUGUGCGCGCACCGACUCACGUAUGGCUCCAUGUGCGUGCACUGA